AUGUUAAACAUCAACACUUUAUUUCAGCGCUCCUCCAAAAAGCCUAUAGAUUUGAUAUGCACCCAUUUAACUUUAGCUAAUAUCAUGACAAUUCUUUCCAGUGUGAUUCCAGAAAUAAUAAAUGCUUUUGGGGUAAGAAAUUUUCUGGAUGACAUUGGUUGUAAGGCAGUGCUGUACAUCUACAGAGUCACACGGGGUGUCUCCCUCUGCACCACGUCUUUCCUGAGUAUUUUUCAGGCCAUAAUUAUCACUCCUAGCCACUCUAGGUGGGCAUGGCUCAAACCCAAAGUCUCCACGUACCUUUUUCCUGCCUUCUUUUCUUUCUGGAUCAUCAACAUGCUGAUCUACGUCCGUGUCAUCAUAACUGCUGUGGGCCCCUACAACAUCAGUGAAGUUGGACAAGUGUAUUCACUGACAUACUGUAGCGGGAGAGAACCUGAUAAACUUCAGGAGGCUGCUUUUCUAGGGGGUAUGGUCUUACGAGAUAUUCUGUGUAUUUGCCUCAUGAUCUGGACCAGUAUGUACAUGGUAAACUUUCUCCUCAUACAUCGCAAGACACUCCAGCAUGUCCAUAGGACCAGCCUCUGCCCAAGACCAUCUCCCGAAACCAGGGCCACCCACACAAUCCUGGCACUGGUGAGCUGCUUUGUUUUCUUUUACUGGACCAACACUUGCCUUACCAUUUACAUAAUUUACAGACAUAAUGUACAAAGUCUGGAGAACAUUACUAUUUUUCUCUCCUCUUGUUAUCCAGCAAUCUGCCCUUUUGUGCUGAUCAAAAAUAAUAAUAGACGAUCAUUUCUAAACUGUAACUUUGCAAAAAUGAGAAAGUCCUCACCACAGUCUAUGUCCCUUAGAGGUUUGAACGCCCUCACAAACUUCUUUGACACAGAGCCAUGUGAUUACAUUUUCCCACAUUAA